CGUCGUUGUGGUUGACAGCUGCCAUAGUGUAGUGGUUAGAAUAUAUAGAUAGAAAAUAUCUCUUCAACCACCACCAUUCCCAAUCCAGGAAAAGUUGUUGCCUGUGAAGGAUGCCUUCAGCAGCGAAUGCAAAGUCUGAAAAACCAGCCUCUUCGGAGGCUACGGAUAAUUCGCCUGUACGACAGAUUAUGACGAUUAUUGAACACAAAAUCAGAAAUUUGGAGAAACGAAAGAGCAAGUUGACAUCAUAUCGUGACUUGCAAAAAGCAGGAAAAGAGCUGAAUAGUGACCAGAAAGUAGCAGUCGCUAAAUAUGAUGAAGUGGCUCAGACAUUGGAGUUUGCAAGGGACCUCUCAAAGCAAGUGUCAGCAAUUGCAACUUCUGCUGAGCGUGAGGCAAAGAAACAGGCUAAGAAGGAAGCAUGGGUGCGGUAUGCAGCAGAUACAAGUAAGAUCCGUGAGGUUCUGCUGAUAAUGGAUUGCCUCAUGCAGAUGGGCAAUACAGAAGCACGUGAAGAUUUCCUUAAUGGUGUUAACGGUGCUUGCAAGCUUACUGAAGAAGAUCUCAAAAUAUUGGAUGACCUAUAUCCUGAAGUUACACCUAAGCACGAAGUGAAUGAAGAGGGACAACCUGGAUUUCACGCAUACACAACUAAAGCCGCCGAGCAUUUAUACGCGAUCAUCGAUGGCAAACCUAAGGAAAUUUUCGGUACCACCUACACCCACAUCAAAGAAAUAGUGACAGCUGUACAUGAGUGCGGCUAUUUCGACAAGGGCGCCGACACCGGCAUGCCCGCGGCCGAGGAGCCGGCGCCGCUUGCGCCCGAGGAGCCGGCCGAAGGCGUGGAGCACGAGCCUGAGGAUGCGGCGCUGUACCCGGCCGCCGCCGUGCCGCCGCCGCAGCCCGCACCCGCGCCGCUGCCUGCGCCACCCUACCCCCUGUGCUCGCUGCCGCCGAUCACUCUGCAGGAGGUCGAGCACGCCUACUUCGCGCAGCAGUACCCGCAACAGCGGCCCAUCUCCGAAGUGAUCGGAUCCCAAAACUUCUUCUUCCUCCAGGAGUCCGAGAUCGAUAGCCCGGUCGGCACCCCUCAGCCCCCGCCGAUAAUGAAUCAACCGUCGCCCCCAGCGCCGAUCCCGACUCAGACGUUCACGAACCAGCACUUUGUGCAGCUGCCGGGCGGCCGCGUGGCGGAGCCGGGCACAAUUCCUAUGCCUCCGCAGCCGCACUUCCCGCCGCACCCCGAGCACGCCGCAUUCCCGGGCGUGCCGCUGCAGCCGCCGCUGCCCGCGCAACCGCCGCUGGCCGGGCAGCCGCCGCUGGCCGUGCAGCCGCCGCUAGUCGCACAGCCGCCACUGGCGGCCGCGCCCGCACUCGAGCCCUCGCCGCCGCCGCCCGCCGACGAGCGCAAGGUGCACACGCCCGAGGAGAAGAGGGACGACGAAUGGAAGGAGAGUCGAAGCCCCGAACGCGAGGAGACCGGUGAACGAAAGACGCAGGGUCAAGGCGACGGACAGGGCAGAUUCAGAAGGUACGGCCGCGGUGGAAGGGGCACGUCGAAUGGUUUUCGCGGCCGCGGAGCUUUCCAGAGUCGGCAAGGCGGCGACUUCCACGGCAGACACGGCGGCGAAUACCAGAGUCGAUCCGGUAAAGAUGGCUAUCAGAACAGACAAUACAAUGAUGGCUAUCAAAACAGACACGGCAAAGACAAUUACCAGAAUAAAGGUGGCAACGACGGUUAUUACGGAAAUGGAGACGCCGACGGCCACCAACAGAACGAGAACGGCGGACGAGACAGGUACAAUGACAACAACCAGAGCUACCAGGGCGGCUUCAAGAGCCGCAGCAGAGGAGGCCCGCGCGGAGGCUCGCGGGGCGCUCCGCGGCCUCCCCGCCCGCAGCAGUACAGUCGUAAACCAGAAAAUAUUGAAUAGUUCCCGUGGAACUUGACGACGAGUCGUAUUCGUGGUGACGCCGUAUAGCAUUACUCUUAACGGACUAAAUCAUUUGUGAAGGCAGAUUUCACCGGCAACAACGCGCUGUGGUAACAACAAACAGAGAUUAUCAUUAAAAAAAUAAUAAAAAAAAUACUAAAAAAAAAGCAAAAUAUUAAAACUUGAAACUGAAUAAAAAAUAAGUUACUUGAAUUUAGAUGUAUGAUAUAUGCGAUUAUUAUAAGUUACGUAAUUUUAGAUUCUUGUAUAGGUUGUCACGCAAGUGACACAGUGACGCGGUGAGUGGAGCGGCUCCGCUGCUCGGUACCUCGUGCGUGCCUCGUCCUCGUGAUAAUUUAGGUACAGGACAACUGUCUACCGGGACCUUUCCAAAUUUCAUUAACUUUGUACUUUUAAUACGUUUUAUUUGAAAUGGUAAUUAUAUGUGUUACUCGUAAGAUAUUCUAUCCCAGUUGUUUUCCUUAUCUAAACCAUAACGUAAAUAAAAGAUAAGUAUCAUGAAUUUUGCUAUUAUGACUGCGCUGAUUUUAGAUGAUUUUGUUUUUAAUUAUUUGAGUAGGUAUGCGAUUCUACCUUAUAAUCUUCAGAUUUACAUAUGUUUUAUAAAUUUGUGAGCGACACUACAGCGACCACUACUGGGCUUAGUAAUCUGUCGCUCAGGUACAUUAUUUAAAAACAGUUUCGUCCAAGCUUCAUCACUUUUCUAAACAUUGUUCUCAAUAGAGGCUGUGUGCAAGGAAAUUAAAAGUAUUCUAUGAAAAUAAAA